CAUGGUCUGUGGUUAUACGUCACGCCCUAUUUCGGGAUCGUACUUGCUAUUUUAAUCGGUCAAUAACGUAAAUAAAUGGAAUAAAUUAAAAUGUUUGGACCGCUGUGUUUGCUGUUAUUCAGCAGUGCAUAUGCGCACGAAUAUAAUGCAAUCGAAACCGAAAUGUUCGCGAUACCAAUAAGCCCUAACCUAUUUAAUUGGACAUACCAAGAGUUCGAUCAGCAAUACCGCUUCCACGCAUCCCUAAUAGGCAAACCUGAGCUUCCGUCAUGGUUGCGGUACAUCUACAGUGGAAGACAUCACUCAGGGUUUAUUUUUGGAACUCCACCAAGAGGCACUGAAUCGCCUAUUACGUUAGAGGUAAUUGGUUUAAAUCGUCAAGACUAUGAAACACGAAGAGUUUUACUAACGCUUCGUGUACAACCAAAAUUGAAUAUGGCAAAGCAUGAAGUGGAGCUUAAAAUUGACAAUCUAAAUGUGGAGGAUUUACUGGAUGAGCACAGAAUGACCCGCCUCAAAGACAUAUUGCGAACAAAGUUAUGGACGGAAAGUAGUGGUGACCUCUAUGCUACAUUUUUAGCUUCCGCUAUUGACUUAGGUGCUAGACAUCCGUUGAAACCUAGUGAUGGAGAAGGUCUAGUUGUCCGCUUAGGCAGCAUGACACCCUUCUCAAGUGAAUUACAACGACUACGAGAAGAAGUGAGACCGCUGUCUCGUCUUCCGAGCUGUCCUCGUGAAUUCAAACGGACUACAGUCGAAAGGCUGUUUAGAGACGCUGGACUGACACUUGACUGGUGCAGCUUUGAACUGUACAACACAAUAUACAAUGACCGCAGCACACUCCGAUUAGAAUACUUAACGGAAAUACCAAACACAAAAGUGGAUUCAAAACUUCCUCUAAAAUCCAACUCUUGGUCAGCUCCGAGCAGAUACGAUCUGCCCAGUAGAAGUUACAUUCACCAAGUUUCCGUGACCAUAGCUGUUCCAUUAGUGCUGUUGCUGCUCUCUGUUGCCGCAUUGAGUGCUGUUCUCUGCUUCCAUUAUGCUUCUAUGAGUGAUCCGGAAUCAGAACGCUUUUUGAACGACAUUUUCCAUAUCUGUAUAGAUUAUAGAAAGAGGAGAGCUAAUAAAUCAGCUAAAGUCGAGCUUUGCAGAUAUGGAACUGGCAACACUGAGCAAAGCCAAAUAGCUGAUGAUGUAAGCACCAAAAGCUUAGGAACCAGCCCAAACAACAGCUUACCUCGCCCAUACAGUCCAAAGUCAACGACAAACUUAGCUGGAAAUUAUAAUCGACCACAGCCGCCGCCCUACCUCGGCUCGGCCACCAACUCCCUCCACCAUCGCAAAUCACACACACCAUCGCACACCCCAGAACAUCGCCAUCUUGCGCUAGAAGAAUCCCUUAAACUCCUAAACGAAGCAAAUAUCACAGAACUCGAUAAUUUAUUGAAGAACCCAAUCGUCGAUUUCAACGAUGGCGCUGAUGACUACGUCCCAAUGAAACCGGAGUUUGUGAAACCAGAUAUCGGUUUUACGGUUAAACCGGUUAAUGAGGAUUUGGCCAGGUAUGGUAUUGCCGGCGUGGGCCCCAUUUGACAAGAUGACAAUGGAGGAGCUGUCAAGACUUGGUUUUGUUAAUGCUUCGAAUGAAUAAAUAAAUAUAUAUUUAUUGCAUUUCUUCGGCAUUUAAAUAUUUGCUAUAUUUCGUAAACAUACAUUCAUAUAGUAAUUGUAUCAUAUACAUACGUAUUUAGAGGACGUGUUGAUUACAAUUAAGAGAACAAUAAUUAGACGAAAAAAUAUAUAACUAAAAGUUUGCUUUAGUAUUAAGGAGACAGAUAUUUUUUUAAACUGGUUUUAAUUUUUAAUUAAAGAUGAAACCAUUUAUUAUUUAGUUUGUUUAUCACUAGAUUGCCAUCUUGCGGCACUCUAGAAAGGUGAAAACUCCACUCUUCGCGCUAUUUUUUAGAAUAUUCAAAUUUUUAAUAAUAAAAAUGAGUUUUAUUGCCAUAAUAUCAAAAGCAAACUUUAUGCCAGAAUAGAUAUUUUGUUUUCUUUCUAUUGAAUAAUUAAACGAAAAAUUAAUUUUAAGACAAAGAGCAAAAAUAUUUUAUGGAGUCUUAAGUAUUGGUAUUCUUAAGUGUUCGAAUAGAUAACCGAGUAGAAUAGAAAAUAUUUUUUAUGCCUACCCUCCGUUGACGUUUGGAAUUAAACGAAAUCUCGAAUUCGUCCGAAUAUCGACCACUUUAUGAAAUUCGUUCAAAAACUAUUGUUAUACAAUUUGUAUAACAAAUAAAUUAUUAAUUUUAAAUUUAAAAUUAUUAAUUAACUAAUAUUGUAGGAUUGACGUAAGAAUUUCUAUUUCUAUUACUAACCAUUACUUACAACAUUAAAAUUAGUUACCUCUGAAUAUUUGUUGUAUUCUCUAUCUGCACUCUCGUAAUUAAGGUUAGAUUCAGAGUAGGGAAAGCUAACUGUUUUACUUAGAACUUAGAAUAGUUAAUCUGUUUAUAACUAAGUCAAAUAACUAGUCAAUGUUUCAAAUUCUAGGCGAAUAAAAAUUUAGAUAAA